AUGACAAGUCUCGAUUUUCAAGUUAUUUAUGUCAAACAACGUAUUGAUGCUCUUGGUAGACGUGGUUUAUCAACUUUGCAAAAAGUAACAGCUGUAUUUCGGAUGCUAGCAUAUGAUCUACCUGCAGAUGCAACUGACGAAUAUGUGAAAAUAGGCGAGUCAACGGCAAUUGAAAGUAUGAAACGUUUUUGUCGUGCUAUUGUGGAGAUUUUUUCUAACAAAUAUCUGAGAUCACCAAAUGCUAGUGACAUUGCUCGGUUACUCCAUAUUGGUGAACAACGUGGUUUACCUGGAAUGCUGGGUAUUUCUCCUCCAGCUAAUUAUGUUAUUAAUGGAAAAGAAUAUAAUAUGGGUUAUUACCUAGCUGAUUCUACAUACCCAAAAUGGUCUACUAUUGUACAAACUAUUCAUGAACCACGUACUCCGAAAAAUAAAUAUUUUUCCAUAAAGCAAGAAGCGUGUAGAAAAGAUAUUGAGCGAGCAUUUGUAGUUCUACAAGCACGAUUUGCAAUUAUUGUAGGACCGGCCCGUUUUUGGAAAAAAGAUGUAUUGCAUGAUAUAAUGACAUCUUGCAUAAUAAUGCACAAUAUGAUAAUCGAGGAUGAACACAAUUUAAAUGCAACAAUAACAAAUUCAAUGAAAGGAGAAAUACCGCAAGUUGAAAUGGUAUUAAAUGAUGAUGCUCGAUUUGAAGAAUUUCUUGCUCGCCACAGACAAAUCAAGAACAAAAAUGCACACCUUGCACUUCGUAAUGACUUGAUUGAUCAUUUAUGGGAAAAAUAUACUAAUGCGGAGGCAUGAAGAAGAUUGUUUCAAUUGUAGUUUUAUUAUUAAUAUUUGAAUGUAAUGUGUUAUUUUAUUAUUAAUAUUUUAAUAUAAUGUGUUAUUAUAAUUAUAAUUUUAUUGUUUCAAUUUUAAUUAUUAUUUAUUUUAUUUUU